AUGACUCACGGUAACGUUUUACGGGCGGUCAAAGGCGAGCUUGACGAGAGCUUCAUGCCGCCUUCUUCCCAAGCCCAGCAGCCAACCACUGUGGCAACUGGAGCUCCCAUGGUCUUCUCAUACCUCGACAAGAUGAGACGUGUGAAGGACCCUGAGAUCUGGGAGCAAUUCACCCAGCAGAUCCUGCCGCUGCUGGAUGACCUUGAACUGGUCUGUGAGAAGAUUUGCUCCUCUCGGAAGCUUCAGCCUGCGUUGAGAGACGCUGCGUCCCACUGGAUUCGACAAAUUCACGAUAUCCGAGAAGAGGCUGAGCGUAGAGGCAAGACCCUCGUGGGGGUCCUUGGCAAUACCGGUGAUGGAAAAAGCUCGACAAUCAAUGCUGUUUUGGAGGAAGAAAGCCUACUUCCUACGAACUGCAUGCGUGCCUGCACAGCUGUCGCCACAGAGUUGUCAUACAACCAUGAUGAGGACCAGGAGAACCCUUAUCGCGCAGAGGUUGAAUUCAUCUCCCGCGAUGAGUGGGUGCGUGAAGUCACCAUUCUCCUCAAAGACCUUGCCUCGGAUGGGGGCGUCGCAACAGAUGACCAGGAUCCAAACAGCGAUGCAGCCAGAGCGAAAGCAAAAAUACAAGCGGUGUAUCCGUCCAUGAACUUCAAGGUCCUGAUGGCGAGCACUUCCGCUCAGCUUGCGGACCAUCCAAAUGUUCGGCAGCUUCUGGGAACGACGAAAACCAUGAAGGCCCCCACUGCAUUCGAGAUCCGAGAGCAAGUCGAGCCUUACGUCGAUUCCAAAAACAAGGACGAUGACACUGCAGCACAUUGGCCCCUAGUGAAGGCUGUCAGGAUCUUCACGAAGGCUCCUGUCCUUUCAAACGGUGUCACUAUUGUUGACCUGCCUGGUCAUCAAGAUUGGGAUGCAGCCCGAGCUGCAGUCGCCUCACAGUACAUGAAGGCAUGCUCAGGCAUCUGGAUUGUGGCGCCCAUCAACAGAGCUGUCGACAACAAAACUGCCAAAGAUCUUAUGAGCAACUCGAUCAAGCGCCAGCUUAAGCUUGAUGGAUCGUACUCGGCUCUGACUAUCAUUUGCUCGAAGACGGACGACAUGACCAUCAACUCGGCAAUGGAAAGCUUGAAGGGCAAGCUUGGUAAAGACACCAUGGAAGCAUGGAAGGACGCCUUGGCAUGUGAGCGGUGCAUUAAGGCGUUGGAGAAAGAGCUUGUCGUGCUUCGAAAGUGUCGCGGUACGACUCAGGGGCCGAAUGCCGGCGGCGAAGAACGGCCGGCGAAAAGAGCCAGAACGACCCCUCUCAUCGAGCCUCUUGGCGUUGACAAGUCCCAAGGAAUUGCAGAGCAGGGGAACAAGACUAUGGCUGGCCCGUCGAAGUUCGAGGAGAAACAGCAGGAACUAUACGACAUGAAAACCAAGAAAAGAGAGCUAAUGGAUGAUAUCCUGUCACAGUGCAUCCAGAGGCGGAACGAGCUUUCCAGAGAUGCUGUGAGACGACAUCUUGCCAAAAGCUUCAAAGACCUCGAUCGCCAUGAUGCAGCGAUCGCCCAGAGCCAAGCUGGUAGAGAGCCUCGCGACUAUGAAGACAUGUCUCGCCAGACUCCAGUGUUCUGUACCAGCAGUCUCGUUUAUCAGAAGAUGCGGGGUCUUUCCCUAAGUGAUGACGACUCGACACCUGGUUAUGAGACGGAGGAAGACACAGAAAUUCCCCAGCUCCAAGCCCAUGCUCAGAAGAUGACUGAGGAACUCCGUAUUACCAAGCAUAAGGAGGUACUCAGCGGCAUCUGUCAGCUUCUAAACUCGAUUUCAAUCUGGGCGCAAGAUGCUGCAGAUUCUGCAGUAACAAUUGAUUCCGCAACCCUGACAGCGAGUUUACAGAUCUUCAAGGCGGACCUCAAGGCAGAUGCUGAGAACUGUAUUGACCAGCUCCAUUUGGAAAUACAGGCCAGUCUCUAUGAUGAGAUGAACAGUCUGAGCAGAAUUGCUGCCUCGCAGGCAGCAGCCACCACCAAAAGGUGGGAGAAAAUCAAUGCCAAUACCCUCAAAGCAACGUGUUGCCGGGGCGGAGUAUUCAGAGACCAUGACUUCAACGAGCAGCUUCUUGACCCUCUCAAGAGCGGCAUCUCUGUGACCUGGGAAAAUUUCUUUCAGUUUAAUAUCUCUGUCGUACUUGAUAACUUCUCAGUCACGGCUAUUCAGCGAUUGAAUUCCUUCCACGAAACCAUUGCGAAACAGCUCGGCGAUCACCAAUACGAGGAGGUCCAGGCCUCUGCACAGCUUGAUCAGCAACUGAAGCUUCACAGAGACCGUGUCAUGCGGCUCACCGCACAGAGCCGGGGAGACAUGGGCCAAGCCCAGAAGGACGCGAACCGAGCAUUUGACCCGGCUGUGGUGAAGGUCAUGGCUCCUGUUUACCAGCAGUGUGCCAAUGAAAACGGAAAGGGCAUGGCCAAACGAAUGCAAGCUGCGCUUCAGGACCACAUCCGCAGGAACAAGGUGAGCAUGUUUCGUGCGGCAAUUAUGGACGUCAAAUACUGUCUCAAAGAGGGAACGAAACAAGUCGAUGACAAUAUGACCGACCAUAUUAACACCAUCAUCGCGACCAUGAAGAAUGAUUACAUGCUUGCACUGGCGGAGAGGCAGAAGUCGGCUCGUCGCCUGGAAUCUUCAUUCAAGAAGAACAUGAUGGAGUUUUUGAAUUCGGCCGAGACUCAAUUCAAAUGA